AUGAAAGGCCCUAGCUUUUUAUUGUACGAGAAUUUCCAACGAUUACUGGAUCACCAAUAUAACUCCAGUACCAUUGCCAUACUUGAGGACUUUAUUUGCUUGCUGUUUCAUAACAAAGUCCUGUCAAAGUCCGCGCUCCAAAAUAUAGGCAAUAAAACUAAGCAGUUAGAAAACAGCAAGGAAAAUUUGUAUUUGAGACCACCAAAUGAAUACUACCUAGCUAAACUCCCAGAGGAGUGGCUUCGGGCCGCGUUUGAUACUUUCCAAGAUGAAUUCAGGCAUUUCAAACGCUUUACUAGCGGGUUCAUAACGGAUCCUACGAAUUUUCAAAGAUUGAAAUAUCCUGCGUGGCUCAAUGACGAGAUUCUAGAAGAAUAUUGCUGGUUAAUAUCCACAGCUUGUUCGAAUGCAUAUAUAACAAAUUCAUUCGCACUGGAAAAUCCAAGUAUAAAUUUGAAGAAGUUUAUCAAUAGAGACAACUACCUCAUCUUACUCACGGGCAUAGCCAUUAUUCCAAUCAACAUUAGAAAUGUACAUUGGACCUUCGCAUGCGUAUGGCUAACAUCAGAAACCGAACUAUUGAUUGAGUACUAUGAUAGUAACCUCGAUUCAAACCCAUCCUGGGAGUCUUUACCAUCGGUCCUCCAGACUUGGAUUCAACGCACGUUUCCACCUACAGUUGAGAGAAAAAUAUGGGAAGGAAGAUCUCCACAGCAGCGCAAUAGCUCAGAUUGUGGAUUGUUUGUACUCAUGGGGAUACGAAUGAGGGCAAUGGGCUGGUCUGUGUUUAGCCAAGAAGAGGCAGAUAAAUUCAUGCCCGAAGCUCGGCAUAGAGUUUUCGCGGAGAUUCUUGCCGGUCAUCUGGAUCCAUCCUUGGAAGAUAUGAAGAUCUAUAAUUCAAUCGUGAGCGGAGAGGUAAAGUUUCCAGAUUUACAUGAAACGCAUUCUGUAAAUUAUGUUAUCGAGCGGGACAGCGCAGGAAAUGAAUUCAUAAACUUGGAUUCUCCCGAGACCGAAUUAUUCACAAUUGAUGGUAAAAAUGAUGAGGUGGAAGAUACGCAUUACCAAUUUACACUCAGAUCAAUGGAACCUGCCGCAGAAAGAGAUCUUAUAGAGAAUUCGGAUCAAUCUGCAUUCGAUUCAAUGGGAAUAAAUGGUGCGAGGGACUUAAUCGGGAAUUUGCACGAGUUCAAGCUUGACUCGAUGGAAGCCAACGACGGAGACAAUCUGCUAGGAGAUACGAUAGGACAUGUCACAGAGGACCCCUACUCGACUAACUGCCUCAGUCUGGCAAGAGCUACCGAUCAAGAGAAUUCUGAGUUGAUGACAGAAUCGCAAAAUCAAGAACUCAACAUGGAACUAAAUUCUGAUGCCCGAGCCGAGAGUAAACUUAGCGUCGGGCUCGGGAAUGAAUUUUGUAGCAUUUCAAAACUGGAAACCCGAGAAAUCGCUUCAGGGGAGCUUUUUUUGAAUGAAUCCGAAGAGCAUGAAUCACAAGAUUCUAUUAAAGACAUGGGUGGGAAGACAGUGGCGGUCCAAGAGGUGAUACCUGAGAAUGUGGCUCAAAACAAUUUCUUGUCUUCUACGCAUGCAGGGUUCAAGAAAAACUCCUCGAGAAAUCGCUCUCAAGAUGACGGACAACAUGGUGAUGUUGGUACGAGGAUAAAACGACAAAGAAAUGAAGGUUCCGACUUAAACAAAGCACUUUUAGCUGCCGAUAAAUUUGCUUCACCAGAUGCCCUAAUUGAGAACCUCAGAACUGCUAUUAUUGCAUAUAGAGGUCGAACUCGUCAAGAACAACACCAAAGAACAUCUCUUGCAUCAUUAUGGAGUAAUAUCCGUCCCGAGGAGCACAAUCCGCAGACAAUCUUUCAACGAUAUACGCGGUUGAACUUUGCACGUCGAUGGUUUGAGGUCAAAGCACGACUUCCGCAGAAUCCACGUGAACAAAUAUCUCAAAUGAAAAAGAUGUUGAAUCUGAAGGGCAACUACGAGGAACAACAUAAAGAAUUCAAGGCGGCAAACACCUACGCUAACAGAUGCUUGUUCUGGGUGGAACUCAUUGGGAAACUUUCAUUCUUGACUGAUGGAUGCCAUGAAGUUAUUAUGUGUGCUUGUGGCGAAUCUACCACUGAGCUAGAAAGAAUGAAAAAAGAUCAUCGUGAGAAAUAUUUCGAAAGAAUUCUCUUUCGAAUUCGACAGGAACCGAAUGACAUCACAGAAAAAAUUCGAGCAUCAGCUCCUUUGUAUAGAGCACUGAUUGAGAACAAUCUGCCAGAUCACCAACUUGUAUUAGAGGGUAAUCGUCAAUUCGAUAGUAUGUCGUUUGCAGAAUUAGUCAGUCUAGACCCAGCUCGAGGAAGAUGGCGAUUUUCCAACACGAUACCAUCUCCAGGUAAGAAGUAA